GUGUGAAACGGAAGACAUUUUGAGCCGCUGCGGUCGGUCCGGUCCGUUAUUCUGGUGUCAGCCUGAAGUCCGGGCUGACGUGCUGGAGAGUCAGUCUCCAGACUCGAGCUGGAAACCCCCCAAAACACGGAGAUUUAACCGGAGAAAUAAGACGACAGUUGUAGUUUAAUAACCGGCGUAUGUGUAGCACAGAUAGUUAGCCUCGAGCCAGCCUACAAAAGCUAGCAAAGUCCUAGAUGCUAGUGAGUUAGCGUCACCUAGCUGGCCUGCCCUCCUCCUCCACCUCCUCCUCCACCUCGACAGCAGCAGACACAAUGGCUUUAAAACGAAUUACCAAGGAGCUAACUGAUCUGUCCAGAGAUCCUCCGGCUCAGUGCUCUGCUGGACCUGUCGGUGAAGACAUGUUUCAUUGGCAAGCUACUAUUAUGGGGCCUCCUGACAGUCCCUAUCAGGGCGGCGUAUUUUUCCUGACAAUUCAUUUCCCCACAGAUUAUCCCUUCAAACCACCCAAGGUCGCCUUCACAACAAGAAUUUAUCACCCAAAUAUUAACAGUAACGGCAGCAUCUGCUUGGAUAUAUUGAGAUCACAGUGGUCUCCCGCAUUAACUAUCUCUAAAGUCCUUUUGUCCAUUUGUUCUCUGUUAUGUGACCCGAACCCCGACGACCCGCUAGUGCCAGAGAUCGCCCGCAUCUACAAAACAGACCCUGUUAGGUACAACAAGACGGCUCAGGACUGGACUCAGAAAUACGCCAUGUGAUCCUCCUCCUCCUUCCUCUUCUCACUCACUGCUGGAAUAAACUGAUUUUCUCAUGUGGCCACCCCCCCCCCCCCCCCUCCCCCCCCCUCAUCAGCCAAUAACAGCAAUUUGUUCAUUAUUACUUUUUUUUGUCCUAAAAGCUUUUAAACUCUUGAUUUUUCUCUGCUUUUCAAAGUCAAAUUCAAAAGAGGUAAACCAGAUGAAGGGCUGAGGACUCUGAGCUGUGAAUGUGCCAACUGCAAAACAAACAAACAAACAAACAAAAAAACACCAAGCAGAGUGGACUGAAGAGAGAACUGUUACAAUAAAUAAAUAAAUACUUUAAUGCAUGUCAGUGAUUGGUUCAUGUGCUGCUGAGAUUUAAAAAAAAAAAAAAAGAAAGAAAAAAGACGACAGCUGUUUUGGUUUUAUUCUGUUUUUGUUUUGUUGUUUUUAGACGAGAGAGCCGUUAGUUCAUCCAUCAUCCAACACUGUUCUCCUCUUUUUGCACUGAAGAUGAAACUCAAAGCUCUCAACGGCUGAUCGAUCAACUAAUAGCUCUGUGAUGUUUUUUUUCUCAAUAAAGUUGAACAAAUUGCA